CACCAGCUAUGUCACUUUCUCGGGAAAAUGUUUCCUCAAGUCUUUUCCAAUUGCCAGGUGAGAAAAUCACAGUGAAACAGAGAGAGGGAGAGAGAGGGAGAGAGAGAGAGGAAGAGAGAGAGAGAGAGAGAGAGAGAUGGCAGGAACAGGAGAAUUUGUGGAAGCAGAUAAUGCAGAGGCCAUAAUCAACAGAAUCGAACAAAAAUCUCGAAAGAUGGAGAGCUUACUCAAACAGUACAAGACAGUCGAAGCUCUAAAAACUGCUCUUGAAGGCUCGCCUCUCAACCCCAAAGACGAUCGCUGCAAGUCUGCAAAUUGGAUAAUGGUGCAUAGAGCUAUCAUGGCUAUAUAAGAUGUGGAUGCGAUGUUUUCUUCUUUGGAUCCUGAGUACUGUGAUAUUCUCAUGAAGUACUUGUAUAGAGGAUUGUCUACUGGAGACCGGCCCACAUGCGACCAGAGCCUCCGGAUUCAUGAAAAACUGACAGAAAGAGCUGGUUCGGGAUGCAUAUUGCGAUACCUUGCAGACAUUGUGAAUACAGUUUGAUCUAAAGACAAUGUGGAUAUCCACACCUCAUUUCGGUGAUUGUUGAAACUUUACCGAAAAUUCUACUCCAGAUAUUUUGUAUGUUGGUUAAUUUCUCUGCUUCAGAUAGUUUUGUGACAUAAUUUCAAAUCCUCAAUGCAUUUGUCCUUGUAGGCAUACUUGAUUCCUGAGGACCUCUGGUACUA